AAAACACAUUAUUUUCUAUCUUGUAUUUUUUUUUAACAAAAAAAUUCUUAAAAUUACAUAAAAAAAAUUGCAAAAUUUUUCGUGCUUAAAAUCUGCAAGUGUUAACAUUUCCACCUAAUCCUAUAGAAACUUUUUUGUUUUGGCAACAUGCUUGUGACCACCUACCAGCACGACUAUGUGCCGCCUUACGCCAAACGUUAUGAAUUCGUGAAGAAACAAGGCAAAGCGGACAAAGAGCAGGAAGAAUGCCAAUGCAUUGAUACGGCAAAAAUUGAGAUACCAAAAGCGGCGCAGGAGAAAUGCGAAAGUGCUGCAGAAUGGACGGGCAUUGCGCCUAUGGGUCGCCUAAUCGAUCCACGUAUCAUACCAACGAAAUUGACGCCCGAGCAGGCUGAUAACUUAGCCAAAGAUACCGAUGCUGAUUGUUUUAAGGCACAACCGAAUCGUUUUCUACAAAUAUUACGUACCGCCUACCCCGAUCUGUAUGAUCGUCUCAAGCAAAUGCCGAAAGAUGAGCUAAAUAGACGUUUGGAACGUCAACGUCUCUUCACAACAUAUCAAAUAGAUUAUGGUAAUAUGAAUGAAUAUCCCGAGGGUAUAUACGAGAGUCUCAAAGAGAAGGAUGACACAACGAAAUUAAAUGCAACAAAACUACUCCAAAAGGAGGGACCCUGCGAUGUUUUUCGCGCCAAUGUUAUGCAGGAAUUGGAUAAUCAAAUACGCAAUCCAACCAUUACCGACCCUUGUGAGCAUGCGUACAAACCAUUUAAGAUCUCCUUUACCGAUAGUUCACGCUUCAUUAAUAGUGGCAAUAAUUCCCAUUGGCGUAGUAAAGCAUUUGUGACACGCACAAAUUUCUCCGAGUAUAUGGAGACUAUAAGUCGUAAUGGUUGUGUUAUAAUGAAAAAUAAUAUACAUGAUCACAGUAAGUGCGGUAGCAAUGGAAAACAUUGCCGUCAUCCGUUGUUGAAUGUGUGCAUAAAUCAUGUGCGUUGAGCAAGCAGAGCGUUAGAGCUGUCAAGCGCGAAAGUUUGUAACGUUUCUUGAUAAGUGUAUCUCAGCAGUGUUGUCACUUUUGUCGGAGGAACGAGUGCAGAAUGUUUGAACUAUAGUAAAAUAUUGAGAGAGAAGA